GCGAUAUUUCGAGAGGUUGCGUUACUUUUUGGUGACGGUAGUGACAGUCUAAGAUUUGGUACCUGUAAUGGAAAAUCAAACAAAUAGGGACUUGGAAUUCUACGCGGAAGAAAUAAGGAAAAGGCAAGAUUUGGAAAAGGAAAAAGAGGAAGAGGAAAAGUUCCUACGUACCUCAUUACGGUCUUCUAAUCGUUUGAAAACUAUUGAAAAAUACAGGAGAACUGUCAGAAAGGAUGAAAUUAAGAGAUCCGAGGUAAAUCAUGCAUUUGAAGGCGACCUAAAAGCUGAAGACAAAACAGAACUCACAGAACUUUUGUGCUAUCUCCGAACCAAAAUACCGGUUCCAAGAGAAGAGAAAGAGAAUAAAUUACAAUUAUCCGACAUUUCAAUCUCAUUAAGUGAAAGUAAUUUGGAUUCAGAAACAGAACAAUGGGAAUGGCUUUUAAAAAUUCUGUCAGACAGAAGAUUAUCGAAAGCUUUUCUUAUGCAUGACAAAGUUGCGAAAGCAUACGAAACUUGCAAAAGUGUCAUGUAUCCUAAACCAAGAUAUCGUUGGCCUGUUUUAGCUGGUUUAGCAUAUGACACGAUGGAAGCUGUUAAAGAACAGCUGUCAGCAACAUUGAGGAAUCCAGGUCGAUAUGAUGAGCAUACUUCCAACUGUGUUUCUGCGGUAAUCAAUUUGUGCUCAUCCCCUCCCUUUCAGAAUUUACUAAUUGCAAUGGAUGGAUUAGCUAAUACAUGGCUUUUUGAUGCUGAUGAAGAUUUUAUUGCAUCUGAAAGUUUUAAACUACCAGGAGAUGUUGACAGAAAUUCUCUUUCUACUUCAUAUAUUCAAAAAUCUUCUGUCCCAGGUUGUUAUGCUACACUUGCAUAUGAUAAUCAAGGUCGUGAUUCUUAUUCAGAACACGGGGUUAGAUUGAAAUAUGUAAUUCUUCAGAAAAGUGCUAAUGAAUUCUUAGGGGCUACGGUUCGUUUGGAAAGAAAUUCCGUUCUAAUUGCUCGAAUUAUUAAUGGAGGAUUAGCUUAUAAGACUAAUCUUCUUCAUGAAGGUGAUGAACUAUUAUCUGUUAAUGGAAUUGAACUUUUGGGCAAAGAUUUGAAUACAGUGUGUGAUAUAAUGGCUUCAUUACAUGGAAAGAUUGUUCUUCUUGUUGCCCCAGCAAUUGAUCCGUAUUCAUCAGUGUCAACUAAAGGAAUCAUACAUUUACGUGCAUUAUUUACUUAUGAACCAAGUGACGAUCGUUAUCUAGCAUGUAAAGAAUUGGGAUUAGGAUUUACUAAAGGAGACAUUAUACAUGUUACUGGCAGAAAAGAUCCGAAUUGGUGGCAAGCUUAUCGAAGUGAUGAAGAUCGUGGUUUGUCUGGUGCAAUAGGAACAUUAGCUGGUCUCAUACCUAGUCCAAUUUAUCAACGUAAUCGUGCUAUAUUGCGCUUGAAAUAUUGGUUAAAUAGUGAAGGUGAAGAAAUUGAAUUAGAAGACGAUUCAACAGACUCUGAUUCAACUGCAUCGAAUAUUGUAAAAGUAGAAAAGUCUACGGGUAAAGUGAAACAGAAGAAAUUUUUAGGAAUCAAAGUUUCAACACUCAAAAAUCCUCACAUUGUCAGUAGACCUGCAUUGCCGUCAAAUCAUGAUAUUAGGAAAGCUUAUUCAAAAAAUGACCUAACAUCUGUGAAUACAAGUGAAGUUGAUUUAUCGGAUAUAGCUGUACCUACACCAGAAGAUGACUCACGUUGUGUAAUGAACAGUACAGUGUUAAGUUCAGCUUAUGGUGAUCGUUUGUCUGGUUUAACAAAACCUACUGACCCUUCGUCAGCUAGUGCAAUCAAUGAAUGGUCAGCCGCUGGACCAGUUUGGGGUCAACAUGGUUAUAAUCUUCGAACUUUACGUGCACAUCGUAAACGUAAUAGACGAAAACCCCUUUCAAUAAAUAAAUCGUCUCCAUGUCUAGAAGGUUUGAAAUCUUGGAAAAAACAUAAAACCCAUGGCGAGUAUUGUCCAUCUCUUGUUCCUGUUCCAAACGUUGAAGAACAGUCGAACGAUGAUCCUGUGGCUUGGUUAGAUAAAGAAGUUGCCCGUGGUCAUAUGGCCCAUUAUAGCUUGUGGACUUAUGAACCUGUUGCCCAGUAUAUCCCACAGCCACUUCGUAGACGCCCAAUUGUGUUUGUUGGACCAGCACAUGUUGGUCGGCAUCACAUUUUACAGCACCUUAUUCAACGUGAACCUGAUCGUUUUUGUCAAGCAGCUAUUUAUACAACAAAUUCCAGUUUAAAAGCAGAUACAAAAUUUUCUUAUGUAUAUAUUACAGAAGAGGAUUUUCAUUACAAACGUAAACAGGGUGAAUUCAUCGAAUGGGGAUUAUUUAAUCGUGCUUAUUAUGGGACUUGUGAAUUAACUGUACGACAAUUAGUGAAUGAAGGCCAAAUAUGUUGUAUAUCCUUGAGACCUGAUUCUUUGCGUAAAAUUCGUUCAAGUGGUCUUGCACCAUAUGUCAUAUUUAUUUCACCACCUGAACGAGUGGAUGAUUUACAACGUUUACGCAAGAAUUUAAAUCUGUCUGGUGAUUGUUCUCAUGAAGAAUUGAAAGCAUGCAUUGAAACAAGUCGUAGAAUGGAAUUACGUUUUGGUCAUUGGUUUGACCGGGUCAUUAUUCCUGAAACAUUGGAUUCAACUGUGACCGAAUUAAUUCGUCUAGCUAUUAAACUUGAACGUGAACCAACUUGGGUACCAAGAUAUUGGUUAGAUUUAGAUUAAAUCACUAUUUGUACGCUUGUGUUCAUCAUCAACAUCAACAUCAUCAUCAUGAUCGUGAUCGUGGCCAGUCUCAUUCAAUGUGGCAUUUCUUUUGUUUAUUUUCUUUUUUUAUUUACUGCAUAAUUCCUAUCAUGAAUAAACAACUGCUGAAAACUAACUUAAUCUUUAAUAUCAUUGUAUACACUCACUCACCCUCACACACACACACACACACACACACACAAAAGGAACAAUUUUCUAUAGUUGAUUUUAAACAACCGACGAAAUAAAAAUCACUUCAUCUUCCUAAGGCAGACUUUAAUGCUGCUUAUCGUUUAUUGUAUUGUUGUGAAUUAAUUUUUUUUUGUAAAUUGAAACCACUCCCUCUGAUGCAACUUCAUUUUGAAUAUUGUCAUUAAUAUUAAUAUUACUUAUUUCUUUAUUUGCCUAUUCAUUUAUUUAAUUUUUACAAUUACUAUGAUUUUUAAUUAAUAUUCGACAUCAAUAUUUCCAUGAAUUAUUUCUGUUUUUCGUUGAACACUUUUCUUUUCUUGUAUAAAGUAAAGUAAUAAUUAUUUGAUCGUUUUUUGUUUCUUAUACAAAACUAAUUAUGAACAAUAAGACAGAUUGACUAGUUGUUGUUUUUUAGUUGAAUUUAUGAAAUAACCUUUUUAAAAAAUUCGUGUGAUUCUUCUUCUUUUUUUAUUAACA